AUGAGCGCUUGGAUGCUCAACCUACUGACAAACACAAAGUUCCACAUCGACAGAGUCAAAGUAACUUUCCUCUUUCUUUCCAACCUGCUCCUUAUUAACAUUCCAUUGAAAAAUAUCCAUGUGAAAAAUAUUUCCUUCAGAUUCGAUUUCAUAAAAAGAAUAAUUACAUUUUUCUUUAAAAAAAAAAAACAAAAAAACAAAGCAACAUCAUGGAGGAAGAAGGAGAUCCACGUCAAGUCCCUAAGUUGUACACUCGACUGGAAUGAGUAUGAAGAAUACAACUUGGACCACAACAUCUAUGCGAGGUUAUUACAACAAUCUCCUGAAGAGAAUAUUGUUCAUUCCAUUUGGAUUAAAUUGCUACGCAUUUUUUUGGAUGCCAUUUUUAAGCACUACUUUUUACGGGUAGGCAAGCUCUGUGUGAAGAUUCGCUUCCGCCAUGCACACACACAUGGAGAGGUGUGUGUGGGGGGUGGUAAUUGCCAGACGAAGGGGAGGACCACCUACCACUUGACUCUUUGCGAUGUUUGCCUUUUUCUGAAUCACUAUGGAGGCACUAGGAAUGAGAAUGUUGGGAGAAACCAACACGAACAAAUCAUUCCGGGCAAAUGGAAGGAUGAACUGUCCGCUCCCCUCACGAGCCAUCUUCGGUGCAGAAAAAUUUACGUGCGAAAAGAAAAUGAACGACCCAAUAUAAUCCUGGUAAAAAAUGUUUUUUUUUUUCUUAACGAGAAGAGGAUGUUUGUGUCCCUCUUCUACUUGAACGGUCAAGUGUGCGAAUUGAAGGAGAUUUUGUACAGAUGGACGAGAAGGUACCCAGGGGAUCACUUUGUAAAGGACUUGAUAAAGCUUCUCCAAAGGAAUAGUAUACAUCCCUCUAUGUGGAACUUGUUCCAGAAAAAGAAAUCUAACAGUUCUUUUCCAAUUUCGCCAAAUUUAGGGGUCUCUAUUGGCGCAGAACUUUUUUCAAAUUUUUUUUUUCUCCUGGACACUCUCCUUGUUAAGCUUCAUUUGGGGAUCGAUGCUGUUGUGUGCUCCAGGGGGCGAAAGUUGUUGUUUGAGACCCCCCCCGGGAAUGCCAACUCACCCGGAGGUACAGACCCAUGGGAAAUGUUUUCCUUGUCGAUAAAAUCCCUCCUAACGUGGACAGACAAAAAUGUAAUUUGCAUUAAUGUGAAAAAGGAUGACAAGCUCCUUUGUGACAUUCCUCUGGACCAUCAUCUUAUGGAUCAUCUGGAUGGUCAUUUGGAUGGUCAUUUGGAUGGUCAUUUGGAUGGUCGUCUGGACAAAUACAACGGAGACGAUGUCGAAGCGGUGCGUUGUAAAACCUUCCCUUUGAGUAAAUGUAGACAUAGAGAAAACUUCUUCAUUCGGGAGGGGUCGAACAGGUACCGAGUCAGUCUAAACAACUCAUGUGUAAUAAUUCACCCUGAGGAAUUACUAACCCUACAGAGGAGGUUAAUCUAUCUCUUUGGGUUAGAAUUAGGGUUACUGGUGGUAGGAAGUUCUGAGGAGAAGUUCACCGGAGAAAUUGCCUCCACAUCAGAGGAUGCACCCCAUCAGUGCAACUUCCCAUCGGAAGAAAUCAUCAUGUCACUUUUAAACAUCACCAUUUUUGUAAAUCCACAUUUGAAUAAAUCUCUCCUGUUGAGAGGUUUUCCAUUUGAAAGAUCUCGGGAAGAGGAGUUACCCUACGGAAUGUCUACUCAGCAGAGAAAGGAAGGCCUACUCAAACUGGAGUUGCACGAAGUGAUAAAUUAUGCAGGUACAGACAAUCGGUCUGAGAGUAACGCGGGUGGAACAUCAAACGCAGAUCAGCAGAAGCAUACACAUGUAGCAAGGACACGUAAAGGAAGUCGAAUUUUUCACCUGAACAAGGUCAUACUAAAGUGGGUAUAUUAUCAAGAAGGAAUGCUUUACGAGUAUUCCAUAAGUGAUCCCAUGGAUAUCACCUUGAAGAGAGAGGAAAGAUACAACAAGGGAAAACUCUCUUUAGUAACCAUAGGCUAUGUAGGAAUGUCAACGUGGUAUCUACUACCAGAACAUAUUAUCUUUGUGCACGACUUGUACAUGAUAUAUUGUCUAUACGGAAGGAAGAACCACUUGCCCCAGAGGAGCACAUUAAUGAAGAGAAACAAGAGAAGAUGUGAUGACACAAGCAGUAGCGUUAUCCAAUCGAGGAGAUACAUUAUUCUGUUCCUUAAGAAAUUCAAAAUAUAUUGGUUCUGCAUUUCACGCGAUUUUGAUAUAUAUUGGAAAGUGUGCAGAUACAUGGUCCAUGGAGAUGUGAGACCACCAAGUGAGGUAACCAAGGAGACUCAUCCUCUAGCAACCAUCUGUACGACAUGCAAUCUUGUGUACCUUCUAAAUUUUUCAUCGAAGGGAGAAUUGUCAUGCAUGAAGAGUAGGACCAAUACUAGCCAAUUCUACCUGAGCAACGUGGGCAUACAGGUGAAUGAACUUCGCAACCGAUUGAAUCAGGUGUGCGUCUUUAAGAGAGACAAGGUGAACAACCACAAAGUACGAAUUCAAAGGGGGAGGAGUGAACAGGCGCGCCAACCUAAUAACUGCUACGACAUCGUUAUCCAGAUUAGAGGUAAAAAUGUCCACGUGGAUAUGCGUAAUAUCGCACGAGUGACUUUCUGCAGUUAUGUUAUGUACGAAGUGUACGCAUCUAUAAUUAGGAUGAUCAACGGGGUGGACUGGGGGGGAGGCCUAAGGAGCCAACCAGGGGGAGAGUCAUCGACAGGGUUAUCACCAACAGGGUUACCACCGACAGGGUUAUCACCAACAGGGUUACCACCGACAGGGUUAUCACCGACAGGGUUACCACCGACAGGGUUACGACCGACAUGGUUACCACCGACAGGGUUACCACUGGUAGGUUCACGUAGUCAUAUAGGAGCAGAGCCAGGGGAAAAAACAAACAACUCGUUCCACAUCAGGAUGAAGAAACGUCGUGGCAAGCGAAGUGUAUAUCAUUUCCUGCCAAGGAAAAGAAACACCACUCGGAUGAGUGAAUGUUGCCACGGAGAAGACUCUCCCAAGCAGUUCGACUCCAAAGAGGCGGAAGAGAAAGCUAUGUCUGAGGGAGAGUCACCUAAGCAGACAAUCCACUUUCAUCAAAAAGGCAUUAAGAAAGUAAUCCAGCCAAUGAGUAAUAAGCGCAAUCUGGUAAAGUACCAAGUGCAAGUAGACAUUAGAAGCCAAGUAGCAUUCGUGUCUGCCGACCAGGUGCACUCCUUGUAUGAGUUACAAAAAAUUACAAAUGAAGAAUUCAAGAGAAGUGAAUACACCUUAUGCUUGACUGGACGGUUGUCUCUCCUCUACUUUGAUCCCAUCCAAAGGGAGAAUAUAGAGCGCUGCAAAUUCAUGAAGUUGCAUUUGGAUGCCCACCAAGUGAAGAUCAGGAAGAGGACACAUUCAAACAAAACUUUUAAGUUUUUCCAUUUUGAGAAGCAUCCCUCCCUUCAGGGGAAUCCCCCCGUACCUCACGUCUUUUCCCAAUCCUUCUAUAAGCUUUUUCGCGCUGGAAAAAGGAGUCAUCCUUUGGGAGAUCGCUAUUUCACCGUCUUGGCCACCGUGAGAAACGUCGACGAGGUGAUGAACAAAGAUAUGAUAAACUCGGAGAACAAAGUGGUGAAAGAAAUGAUGAAUGACAGGGUGAAUCGCCUCCCUCGAGGGGCCAGAAAGUACAACUCCGAAACGAUAAUCCGAGGAAGGGGUCUGCGGAUGAUUUACAAGACAAACGAUUUCUUCUUCUUCCUGAACAGGUACCUUCUGACUGAUGCAUGCUACCUCUUCUCGGCAAAACGCGCUGCGGAGGAAGGGUCGGUCGGCUCUGCGGAAGGGUGUCGGCACGGUGACAGUGACUACUUGUACUUCCGCGAAGAAGAGGUGGCAGACCCGUUCACCCUCAGAAAUAAUCUUGCAAGGGAGAUAAAAUUUCAAAAGAAGGUUCCCAAAAAAGAAAAGAUGCAAACAUGCAACAAUGGGAAGGAAUACUACUCCACGUACAAAAUCAAACGAAGCGAAUUGAAGUCUCUUCCAAUCAGCCUGAACAAGUACCAACUAGUACUAAACAAAGUUAUUCUCUUCGUUCCAUCCAUGGUGAACAACAGGAAUUUCAUAAUUGCGCAAAAUGACCUAGUCGUAAGAAACCACAUUGAGAUGAUGAAGAAAAAGAAAAAAAUUGAAAUUUUCGACAAAGCACAUGUCUACUUUUUAAAUAUGCAUGUACAUUCUAUGGAUGGAUCCCUUAUCGGAAGAAAUGUUAAUGUGAUGAUAAUGCACAACAGAAGCAUAUUGUCCAGACUAAUCAAGCCAUUCACUCUUUCAGUUUAUGUCUCCGGCGUCGUGUGCAUCUCCCCCAAGAGCUACAAACUAUUGCAGGACAUCAUUCUCGAAAAUAUCUUAGGAAAUAAUUUUGAAAAUAUGCAGGGUAAGCAUUACAAGGAAAAAGCUUCUUUCAAUGGAAAAGAAUUACGAGGAGAAAUACCCAGUAUGAAGGAGCUAAGUACCAGUCGAAGACGACGGAUCAAAGAUCUAGAUGUCCGUCUGCACUUUUUGAACAUACAGAUCGAACUUCAAAAUGACUACAUGAUCAGCAGAAUGAAUUGUAUCUUUGGAAAAUUCGUUUUUGCAAGAACGGUGAGAUACGUAGGGGAGGAAAAUAUGGUAACAUACGUUAAGGGAAUUGUACCCCUUGUGAUGAACACGUUCUAUCAAUAUCCUUACGACAUUCUGAUGUACCAUAGGAAGUUGAACCCGAGGAAAUAUGCCAAAUGGCUAGCUCGCAUGAACCAGUCAGAUGUAGAACAAGACUAUGAAUCAUUCAAUUCUGUCCUCAAGACAAAGUUAAGAAAAUAUGCACGCGUGAAAAAGAAAGAAAGGAGAACUUUCCACCUUCUGUACAAGCGGGUUAGACGAGACCAAUUGGGGUGUAACGUAACCAACCACAUAAAUGUCAAAAUUUACAGAAUCUACCUGAACACGGACCUAUUACAACUCUUGAAUUUAUACACCUUCUACUUUGUGGAUGAUAGGAAUGUGCAUCUGAGUAGGGUGGAAAAGGUGUUCCGUCGCGAGAGGCGCACCAAGCUAUGCGCCAGUGCUCUUUCCUCAGAUGACCAAUUCACCGAGGAGGGCCAUUCCACUCAAACGUGGACACUGCACCAAAGGAGUAUGGAAACCCUCAAAAUGGAAAGUAUAAAAAACUCCCCUCCAGAGAAACCACUCCACAAACGCAUCGUCAAAGCAUACCAAAGGAUGGUAAAAAAAUUAACCUCCUCCGACUUUAGUAAUUAUAACAGCCUCAUCAGAAGCAACAACGUGUACACGGUGCGCAUUCAAAUGAGACAUUCCCACUUCACCUUCAACUUUCUUUUUUAUCAAAAUGUACUAGGUGUGAGGAGAUUGCCACUGGGUGUGAGGAGAUUACCACUGGGUGUGAGGAGAUUACCACUGGGUGUGAGGAGAUUGCCACUGGGCGAAAGGAACCAAGGGAGAAUAGCAAAGGAGACAACAAAUGGAUCGAAGCAACCAACAGAUGGACAGUCGAACCCGUUUAGCUUGACCUACCGCGGAAGCAUAGACUUUCACUUAUCAUUCAAUCUGUGCAAAAGUAUCUUUCAGAAAUUUUCAAAAAAUAAAAAGUACAUAUUUUUUAACAAUUACCUAGUGGACAAUUUCUUGCAAAAUCGCCUGAACAAGUCAGGUGAAUUGGCAAAUUUUGUCUUACGCACAGUUGACCACAUCGGGAAGGAAAUGGAGGAACGCAUAUACUUCAACUGUAAUAUAGAAAGGAAGAACUAUUUAUAUUUGACAAAUCGAGGGGAAUCUUACUGUAUAAGUAGGAACAUCAAUCUGUGCGUGAGUGCCAGGAAUGAAAAGAUUAUUUAUUUUAAUAACGGGGAGAAGAGUGUUAAAAUGGAGGGAUUACAUUACAGGGAGGUGUUUCUCGAUAAGUUAUUCGGGAGUUCGCCCUUUGGAGAGGAAGAAGAAAAGUCGACACAGGAGAAAAAAAUAAUGUGUGAUGUGCAGUUGAUAGAUCAGAAUGGAGUAGACAUAAGGAAAUGCAAUUCGAAAAGUGGUACUUGUACGAUGUCGGAACGGAAAGAAGAUUCGUUUUGGUGGGAAGAGCAUGUAGGGGUGGAGCCAAAGACUGAACCCCAACAUAUGAACAACUUCAUCUCUCCUCCUCCACCCAAAAGUAGUAUUGACUUUGGAGAAAACUCCAUUCACAUGGAUACCCCCUGCGCGAAUCCAAAGUACAUCGACGUGCAGGUAAAACAAGCCAACGUCGUAAUCAAGUUAGCAGAUCUCUUUUACCUGGGUAGUAAGUUACACGAACUCUUGUAUAUAAUGAACAGACACGAGGAGGUGAAUUUGUGCCUCUUCAGAUUAAGUGAGGCAUCUUCCAAAAGAGAGGGCAGAUAUAAAUGCAAAAUAAAAAGAAUGAAGCUAAUAAACUAUUCUACUUUUAUCGUGAGGGUUCUUUUGUCCAGUUUGGAUCUCCAUCUAUUCGAAAAUAUCUACUACACAAAAUUGAAGAAAUACCGAAAGAACAAAAUUUCGCAUGUACAUGUUCAGGCAAAUUACGAAUAUCUUACCUGCCACAGGAAGAAUGAGAUUCUUUGUAAGAGACACCAAUCGGAUCUGUCUCUGCAGAUAAACUUUGCAAAGAACAACAUAUAUGAGGAGUUCACUCGGGGGAUGCGAUUGAAAGUUAUUUUCUUGAGAACACGAAAGAAAGGAAACUUUAUCAUAAUUUUGGAGGACCAAGGGGUGAAUAUUUUUCUAACGAAGAAUGCAUUUAGGAGUAUCCUCCGUCUGUAUGAGGAGGCCAACGAUUGGAGGAAUUAUCGUGCCAGAGAAGUAACACACGAGAGUUGGAAUACUGGUGAAGGAGCAGGCGGUAGGACUGACGGUAAAAGUGUUAGUAGGUACUCCGCAAACCGCAGGUGCGAGGUGUACAAUGAUCCGUUCAUCAACCAGAACAACGAUCCGAACGAGGCGAGUCGUGUGCAGUCCAAGCGAAUCCAAAGGAGCAGGCGAAAUUAUGAAGAAGGAGGAGGAACACACAAUUGUGCAGAGGGUGAAGACAAGGCAUGUGCCUCCACUUUCGUGAGGAGAAGAACUCCGAAACUGCGGUCCCUCCUGCAAAGCAAGCACUUCAAUUUCCCCCACGAUGAUUACGCAGUGUUGAAUAAAACGUACGAACGAGUGGUGACAUACCGAAGUGGAGAAAUAAGCUACAGCCCGUUUGAUAGAAGCAACCCAGUUGACAUGUUAUACGUGCGACGAAUGGAGAAUUUUCUAUUCCCAUCACUAACGUCGAAGUGUAGUACAAAUGGGGAAUUGGUCCUGUCAUGUAAGCACUCCUUCUACAUCAUCUCUUCAACUGUAUGCAUCUACAAUGAUACAAACCACGACAUGGUGCUCCUCAUUAACAACCAGAAAAUUCUUUUAUUUUCAAAGAGAUACACUUACUUGAGUAGAUAUAGAUGUAACAUAAAGCGGGAUCAUUUCAUAUUGGUUCUUUUUUACAAAAAACGUUUGUUCAUUUCGAGCAAGUUAUCUCUUCAAAACUUUAAGAAUGUCAAUAUAGCUGGAAAGGAAAAACUCCACCAGUUUGUGGCUAGUAGAAAAUAUUUCGGUUGUCGAUUAAAUAAGGAUCAUCGUAGGAACAACCUACUGUGCGUGACAUCUGUCAUGGUCGUUCCACUUUGCAGAGUUCGCGAGAGUGGUCAUUUCUUUUGCGCAGAUGAGAGUAGAAAUUGCACUCAUGAAAACGAUGAUUCAAGCGUGCCUAGUAAGGAACUCACCAACAAGUACAGCAUGUACAACCGAAUGAAAAGAAAAUUUGUGAAGAAGAUUUUAAACGAUGAAUGGCUCUCCGAAAACUGGAGAAACAGAGACGAAUGCAUCUUUACCAACGUAACCUUGAUCCAAAAUGAGAAGACAGACGACGGGUCCCUCUACAUUAAUAUUUCACAAAUGGUAAAGAUAAGAAACACCCUACCUAUUAGGGUUCACUACAGGAGUGGUAACACCUUAUGCAGUGUAGAAGCUUUUUCAUCGAAGGAAAUUUUCUCCACCGAUUUGGACCUAAAUGUCAGUUGUAACGCCUUUAGUGGCAGCAAGCUCAAAAUAACCUACGACAGGAGGUUAGGCUUUUCCCCCAUGGGGAAUCCAUCUGCAUCUGUAGCUAUCAAGCAGAACACACACAACCUUGAACGCAGGGAGGAACAGACAAAGGGAGAAUACCCUCCGAAGGAGAGCUUCGUACAUGUGGAAGAAUUAAAGUCGAGGAAGCAACACCACGAGGAUGUCACUCAGUACCAUGUCAAUGUCAUCAAAUGGAAAAACGAAAUUAUCAUCACAUGUCAUACAUUGAUUUGUCUCUACUCCGAUGUGUUGAAAAAUGUGGAGGUGAACAGGAAGAGGAUUUACUUCUCACGCUCUUCCGGUGCAGCUAUAAUUCCAUCUAAGUACGAUGAAUGUAUGAUGUCUUCCCCCUCUACUUUUCCACUGAAAAAUUUCAACUUAUACGUUGGCAUGUACAACGAACCGGUGAACUCCAUCCAGUUUGGAAACUACAAAAUGAGUAACGUAGCUAUUAACACCUUUAAAGAGGUAAACAUAUCUACCACACACAGAGGAAGAGAAUGCACUUCCUACUACUCAUUAGAGUACACAAAAAAAUGCUUACAUGGUAAUCAUAGUCGAUAUAACAAAGUCAGCUCCCUCCUGAUUAUCUACCCUCGGUUUGUCAUGCUAAACCAAACCAAUUUCAAUGUCGUAAUGUUCUCUUCGUGCAAUAGUGAUUCCCUGUUGUACACCUUUGAGCGUAAAUCUAGAACAGUUAUCAACCUUCUGGAAAAUGAUAAACGAAGCUUCUUCUUCCAAAUUGGUAAAGCAAACAUAAGUAACGAUUAUGUUUUUAUGAGUGGAGGCAUAGAUAUCACGAAAGAAGGAUCCUACAUUCUGUGCAUCACCAACAGGAAAUCUUCAUCCAGAAAUAUUAAAGUACCUAAAAAUUGUGAUAAAAAUCACCUGCACAAGUCAGACAAAAGUGAAAAAAUAAAAACACAAUUUGUACACCUCAAAAUAAAGGUAAUAGAAGGGAGUAAGUUAAAAGAAGGAAGUGGCAUGCACUGGGGAUCCAACUCUCUAUUCAUAAUUAUUUCGACACAUAGAACAAAGAAAAAAAAACUGAAAAAAUAUCUUACAAGAAUUAACUCCCCCAAUGUCUUAAUGCACUCCAUGGAAAGCAAUAAAAAGGAAAACACUCUAAUGAACAUCUACCAGUUUAUUAAAGAAGAAGAACAAGUAAAAAAACUUUACGUAUACAAUGACAUGGACAUAGAUCUCAUGUUUGAUAUUUUUCAUUUUAGUGAGUUUGUACAUAUGAUUAAGAAAGUGUCAGAAGAGGAAAACAAUGCAUGUACUGCACACCAAAGUGGAGACCAGCCAACCUAUGAACAGAAAGGAGCAGUAGAUCGUUCUACCUCCCGAGGGAGACACAACUGGGCAAAGGAAAGCUUCUUCAGAAAUAUCUUCCUCGUCGAAAGUAGUGAGAACUCCAGUGCAGAUGAACUAAUUCAAAAAGAACACAACGCCAAUUAUGAUACGGCUAAGCUAACAAAGCAAAACGUAACUUAUAUUUCCAACCAUGUCAACCAACUGAAGAAGUAUGUUCAAAUGAAUUUUAGACAACUCCGACGGAUAGGGGGAAAGAGCAUACGUUUCUUUCCAUUGCGGAAAAACAAGAAUUUUAAGAACUCCUUCCUUGUGAUUUAUCCAUGGCGGCAUGCCAAGAUGUACCAAAUUGUGAGAUGUUCUCUCAAGAGGAAGAAGCACAUACUAACCUUCACACGAAGCCAUCGAAAUGGCAACCUCCCUGAUCCUCCCCCCCUGGUGAUCAUCCUCGAAAUGUUCACUCUUGGAAAAAAGAGAAAGAAUAAAAUUUUUGUGAAAAUCUCCCAGCAUAUAGAUAAUAUUGUGCAUAUCCGUGGGAAGGUAAAUAUCAAUACUUUUUUCAACCCAGGGAUAGGUACCCCCCCGAAGGAAUUAACGCGUGGUAGGGAUACCACCUCUGUUGAAAAGUUAGUGCGUAUUCAUCAGUACCCUGGGGAAGUAACUGAAAGGGGAUUCGAUCCAUAUGAAUUCCUCGCUAGUGAAUAUAUACAUCUGUUCAAAAGGUAUGCAAAUGUUGUGGGUAAAUUGGUGAAGAGGAAUCGAAGGUUGAUAGGUCACCUCCCGUCUGUUAAAGCAACACAACACAUGAGAAUACACAACGGGGGAGAAUACCCCAAAGGAUUACAUAAAAAAGUGCAACCACGAAAAUACCCUUCGUACUGUCACUUCAAGAAUAAGAAUGUCACCCUCCUUGAGAGCAGGAACAAGUACAAAUUUAUUUUCACAAAGAGGGAGAAAGGAACACCGAAGGAUGGUCUACACUUGUACGUGAGCAUUCCAAAGAGCAUCCGAAUAAAUAUUUUUUCGACUGUAUUGGUGGAGGGAGGAUCGAAGGGGCAAGGAGUUUUGGGAUCCACACUGAAUGAUGGACGACUACACACCGUGGCUCAUUCCUCUGAGAAGCAUUUCUUUAAAAAAAAAAAAAACUCUCAUUUGUGCACCAUCAUGUUGAGAAACACAAACAUGUUGAUAGGUCUACACAACAACAAGCCAAACGUAAUUCUCUUUUCCCUUGAAGAUGCCACCAUAAUGGAGUUCGCAUCCCCCGACAUUAAAAAGAUAUUUUCCAAAUAUGGCGUGAAGGGAGAUCUACAGAGUGGAGAAGGAGACAUAACCAUGAAGACUAGUGAAGUGGUCCAUACAGACAACCUACAUGAUAACAACCGUUUGGCAUACCUACACAUAGAGUACGAAAUAUACCCCAGAAAGUGGGAUAUUAAAAAAUUUCAGUUGGCCCUUUCACCUGUACAUGUGCAGGUAAAUUUAAAUAUGGUGGAAAACUUUGCCUACUGUUAUGAAAAAUUCUUGAGGGGAGAUAUACGUAGAAGUAGGAAGAUCCAGAAGGAUAUCUUUCAAUUUUAUUUCUCCGUUGCCUGUGCGGAAGAUUCUAGAGAGGAGAGUAUCUCACCCUUCGCUUCACUCCCCGAUGUGAGUCUUCCUCGUAACAGAAAUAGUUAUGACGACCUGGAAGUGAUAAAGAAUGACAGAUGCAUCUACCGUAAUGUUAUGGAGAGACAAAAGAAAAAACUAAAAAUACGAAACUUUCAAGUGUCUAGUUUGAGAAUCCACUUGUCCUUUCACAAAGAAAAUGCAUGCAGUAUAUAUGAAUAUAAAAAUAGAGGGCCAUGUAAAUUAGCAGUUCGGUUGACUUACCUCAACGACCUUGAUAACGCCGAAAUUACGAUGAGUUCUCUCUGCAUACGUAGCGUCAACGAGAAGGACGGGAAAAUAUUUUUCAAUUACCUAUUCGACUUUUAUAUGAAGGAGCUUUACAAGGAUCUCUUUUUUUAUCUUACUCGGAUGAAUUUGGUAAACAAGUACAUAAGCAACUACUAUAGUUUUUUUCAUGUGCUCAUGGACAAUUCCAUUUUUAACGUUGACCCUUCUGCCGAUUCGGACCGGGUCAGCAAGGUGACUAACCCUAACAGUGUGAAGGGCAUACCCCCAAAUGGAGAAAACAUGCACGCAGAACACAAACGUACUAGAAACAACAACACAGGCAGAAGGCACAACAGUUUGACGAGCACAUGUUUAAGAGGAAGGGGAGAAGAAGAUUCAAAUUUCCUAGUGGAACAGCACAGGAAGAUUGUAAGCGACUCCAACUUUUAUAUUAGAAAAAAGAAGAAGGAAGUUUUAAAAAAAAUAAACAGAGACCUCUUUUUCGGAAGGAAUGAUAGAGGGAUGUCUCUCCCUGAGGAAACUGGAGAGAGCAACUUCAUUGCGCUGGAGAGUUCCUAUGGACAAAGGGAAGAAAAGGAAAAUGCCCAGGUGGAGAAUCCCACCAACAGUCUCAAUCUACUUAAUAACACGCUCAAGACACUUGGGAAGGAUCUCAUGUCUAGCAUUAACUACUACCUGUACGAUGCUCCUACCGUGGGGGAGGUCACCCUCAGCACGCUCGGAACCGAGAGGAGAAAAACCCACCAGAAAGACAAAACAACCUUCUUUAAGACUGAAAAAAUGUACAUAAUGAAGCAUUUUUUGAAAAACCGAUCCGAUUCGCCAGGAGGUGGUGAAGCUGCCACUCAGACGAAGGAGGAGUUCCUCGCCUACCUGUCCCUAUACCGAAGGAACAAGAUCGUGCAUGACGAAUAUGUUCCCCGAUUGUGCAGCUCAAUGGAUCGCAGUCUGUUACGCAAUAUAGUCGUGUUGGAUUAUCUGCACGAUAAGAAGGAGCGCAACUUGCUCCUAUUCUGUGACGAAUACAUAGUAAUGUUCCACCGAAACAAGAGGACCAUCGUGUUGAAGCAAAACAUUAUGAAGGUCGACAUCACCUGUGUCCACUUCAACAUUACAUUCGAGCGAGACAAAAGCUUAAUUAUGAAUUUGAGAAAUACCAUCAAUAAGAACAAAGACAACUUCCUGGGGUUUUACUUCGACGUUCUCUUUAAGAGAAAAAGAAAAAAGAGACUCAUACAAAAAAUAAAAAAAAAAAUGAAUAGGAUUGUAUAUUUCCUUUACUACUUGUUUUACUUCAUCCACAAUUACCAUCGGAAGGUAAAGGUUUUGAAGGGCAGGGGAGAUCUCCCAACGAAAAAGAACGUGAAUUCCUUUGUUACAAUUUUCGAGGAGCAUCAGAAGGUUUUCUUUUCCUUUUCCUCCCCGGCACAUUUGUCGCGCUUUUAUCUGAACAUGCGCGCUCUUCUCUUCAGCAUGUGUCAGUCGGAGCGGUAG